AUGAAUCAUUGUCCAGUAGAAUAUCCGUUAGAAAUUACGCGUCGAUUUCGAUGUUGGAAUAGUUCAAAGUGUAUCAGGUUAGAAGAUAUAUGCGACGGUAUUGAAGAUUGUCCAUUAUAUGAUGAUGAAUAUUUGUGUCCGCGGAGAAAGAACGCCACCAAUUGUGCAGCAGGAACGAUUGCGUGCGAUUUGGGCAGUGCGUUUGAGGGUCCAUGUUUGCCAAAAAGUGAAGUUUGUACUAAGUAUAACUGUUAUACUACGUUUUGUGAUAUGUACCCUAGACGGAUUUAUAAACCCUUUUCAUUUCUCAGCUUCGAUCACUAUGGACCAUUGACUAUUUACGAAAGUGUGAAAAAAUUGACAUCAUCAUCAUCGGUACAAGAACCAGUUGCAAUUCCACUGAACGCAAAUGAUUCAGACUAUUGUAAUCGAGGAACUGUAGUCAUGUCAAAUGGCAUUCGACAGUGUCUUUGUUCGCCAUCAUUUUAUGGUACAUUUUGUGAAUAUCAAAGUGAACGUCUAACAAUUCAUCUAAAAAUCGAAACAUUAGGCAUAUUAAGUCAAUCUAUUUUACGAUUCCUUAUUUGUCUUUUAAUUGAAAAUACUAAUAAUGUAAUUUAUUGCGAGGAAAUUGUUCAUGUACCAUAUAUGCAUAAAUCUUUGAAAUAUGUUGUCUAUCUUGUCUAUCCAAGAUCAACAGUCGGCAAUUAUUCGGUACGCGUUACAGCAUUUUCUUGUACAACUAAAGAUAUCAAGUUGGUGUCAUUAUGGUAUUUUCAUAUUCGUUUUUGGUUUUUGCCGGUUAAUCGUUUAUCCAUAAAAAUCAAUGUCGGCAAAUCAAGUACAAGUGUUCCUUGUUCUAUUGACUGUUUACACGGUGUUUGUAUGCCAUAUUUAAAUUUGGUCAAUGAACAGUAUUGUUUGUGCGAUGACGGCUGGUCAGGACAACACUGUCAUAUGCCAUCGAUAUUUAAAUGUUCAAACAGAUCAAAAUUGAUCGAUUCCAAAUGUAUUUGUCCAUUGGGAACAUAUGGUGUUGAUUGUAACGCUUUGUUUGAUCCUUGUCGAGCAAUUGUUUGCCAUCACGGUGGCACUUGUUUUCCACUGGAUCCAAGAACAUCAGAAAAAUUUUACAUUUUAUUCUAA